CUGGGGCGAGCGGGAUCUUGCCGUACACGCUGCAGCGAGAUGGCGCCGGAACGUGCACGGAAAUAUAGCACUGCGGGGGUUGAUACCAGAUAGCCAUCGCCCAGCAUCAGCUCUCGUCCACAUCGAUUCCCCCGUCUGCUGGGCCACACAUCCCGCGCACCCGUCGUCCGUCCACUCGCGAACAGCGAGCAUGUCCUACACCACCGUCCCCUUCCCAGGGGCCUCGUCGCCCAUCAUCCCGCCGAGCUCGCCGUUCCAGAUGCCCGCGACCACCAGCCCGCAGCCACAGGCUGCAGCGCCGAUCCAGCCUGGAUCCAUCACGUACACGACGACGGUGGGCGCGAACGGGCAGGUCGUCUACCACCCCUUCAAAGCCGUUGCAGCAAGCUAUCAGACACCGCAGGGUAUCGUCAGUGGCAUUCAAUGGGUCCCGGCGGAAGCGACGCAGGUCGUCCCUGCUGGGGCGAUCCCCGCGAACGCGGACUUCAUGGCCUCCUUCAACCGCGGCCAAGUCCAGCCUGAUGGUGGUGCCAUGAGAGACUGGCAACGCGACGAAGAGCGCAGACGCAGGAAAGAAGACAGGCGCGACCGCGACCGCGAUCGUGAGGAGCGCGAGCUCCGACGCGCGCGCGACAAGGACGGCCGCAUCGAGCGCGACCGCAGCCGGAGCCGCCGUCCGAGUCUCAGCGGCGGGUACAGCGGCGCGUACCCCACGCCCGGCUAUGGUGCUGCCGGCGACCUCGACCGGCGCUUCCAAGACCUCGAGCUGGAUCGCGUGCGCGACCGUGAGCGCGAGUACGAGACGGAGCGCAGAAACGGCGCCGGGACGCGCUCCAGGCGCGGGUCGUUCUAUGGUGGGGACCGUGCGCCGGCGGGCUACCAGGCCGCCCCUGGUGGUCCUGCGUAUCCAUCCCCACCCGGCGCGUAUCCUUCGCCUGCCGCUACUGGCUACACCGGCAGCCCAGCCGCCACGUACGGCCAGCCUGGCUACUCUGGUCAGUACGGCAGGUCGAACACCUACCCUCCUCCCUCUCCUCGUCCCGGUGAUGCUAUCCCACGUCCCGUAUCUCCCUACUCAGCAGGCCCCGUGCCCCGCCCCGUAUCGCCUUACCUACCUGGCGCGCUCCCUCGCCCGGUCUCCCCGUACCAGAACCCUGCGGGGAUCGGGCGCCCCGUAUCGCCCUACCAGCCCGGCGGCAUGCAACGCGCCGCCUCCCCGCGCCCCGGCAUGGACGUCUACCCCCGGGGCCAUGUCAUGGAAGGCCAGCCCCUCCGUCGGGGAGGCUCUCGCGCCCCCAGUCCCGCCCCCGGCGCGUAUGGCGUCGCCCCGCCCACCUCGAGCUAUCCAGGCAUGGCGGCCUCCGUGUACGGCGCCGCUGGCGGCGCUGGCUAUGGCGCGCAAGCUGGAGGAUACGGCACGCAGCCCGGACCGUACGGCGGGCCCGCGUCUCCGCGCAUGCCGCUAAUGCCUGGUGAGCAGGCCCAGCAGAUGCUCUCUGCGCCGGAGGGCUUCUCGCGCCCGCCGAACUUGGCGCAGCCGUAUACCCACUUUGAGAUGAUGAAGAUUCAAGAGAUGGAUGAUUUCCUGGAGGUAGUACCCCGCAUGCCGCUCGUGCUGGUGCCGCAUGAUGUUUACCAUGAAGAUUGGAUUCGGUUCAUGAAUGAUCUUGCUAUGGCUUGGUCCGGACGUCUGCCUGUGCCCGAGUACUCUCCUGAUGGCAGGCCGCCAAAGAGGGCUACUCUGACGGCAGACCUCAUCGACCUCUGGAACGCCUCGUUCUUCGGCCGCCGCGGGGUCGAAGUCGUACUGUAUAAGGGUCGUGAGCGCCGUUCCGGGCGUGGGGCCGGGACCGUCGACCUGCACCUCCCUGGCUUCGAUACCUACGACCACGACUCCGACGAGUUCGACGACUCCGAUGACGACUCGGACGACUCGUCUGAUGACGAUCGCGACGACAGGUACAGAUACGGGAACACGUACGGAGGCGUCUACGGUCGCCAGGUUGAAGGGCAGAUGUCCGAACUGCGUGAGGCGAGACGCGUGAGGCGCGAGCGCAAGGCCGAGAAGAAAAUCAGGAAGAGGGAGAAGAAGAGACGGGCCAAGCUGCGGGAGCUCGAGAAGAAGUACUCGCUAUAUCUCACUUGCACCUCUCCACGGGAGGGUGGCCUGGGUCCGCAAAUGUAGGUUUUGGGAAGGUCUUGUUGUAUGCGUCGUGUCAAAGGGAGCAGUCCAGUCGUGUGUAUCAUGCAAUUGCUAUGUAUUUCGAGUUUGAAGCUGUCUCACUGCUCUCGCUAUCUGCUGGAGGAUACCAGGAUGAUG